CCCACAAGCGGUGUAGGGCUUUUUCUCUCGGACACUCUCCAGUAGCAACUUCAACCAUGGCGGAGCAGACGGAGAAGGCGUUUCUGAAGCAACCAAAGGUCUUCUUGAGCUCGAAGAAGUCUGGUAAAGGCAAGAGACCUGGUAAGGGAGGUAAUCGUUUCUGGAAGAACAUUGGUCUUGGUUUCAAGACUCCAAGAGAAGCUACCGAAGGUGCAUACAUUGACAAGAAAUGUCCAUUUACUGGCACGGUUUCUAUUAGAGGCCGUAUCUUAGCAGGAACAUGCCACAGUGCGAAAAUGCAGAGGACAAUCAUUGUCCGGAGGAACUAUCUUCAUUUUGUUAAGAAGUAUCAGAGGUAUGAGAAAAGGCAUUCGAACAUCCCUGCUCAUGUCUCACCGUGUUUCCGUGUCAAAGAAGGAGAUCAUGUGAUCAUUGGGCAAUGCAGACCGUUGUCAAAGACUGUGAGGUUUAACGUCCUAAAGGUCAUACCAGCUGGGAGUUCUGCUAUAGGGAAAAAAGCAUUCACUGGAGUGUAGAGAGACUUACUUAAGUUGUUGGGAUCGAUCGAUAUAAGUGGAUUUUGGUUUUCAUGUCCUCAAGAAAAAUGUCUUUUAUAUCAUUCGUGCUAGCUUCAAACACUAUCUCUCUUACAAAUACCAUUUUAUAAUGAUUUUAUGUUUGUCUA